AUGUCUAGUAUAGUUAAAGAAAACGAAUCAGAAAUUAUAAAAAAGAAAUCUCAAAUAUCAGAUUCCUCUAGUAUAAGAAAAGCUACAUUAUUAUGUUUAAUACAUAAUUUAAAAAAAGAAACUAAUGAGCAAUUAUUUAAUGAGCUAGAAUUACAAUUAUUAAAUUUAUGUACGAAUGUUGUUACUCCUAAUGAUUUUAGUAAAUUAGGAGAAAUAUUACAAGAACUAAAACCAGUUUUAAGAAUUUUAUCAUCAAGAAGAUUGGAAAAAUUUUUAACAAAAAUAGCUGAUGUUGUAUCUUCCUCAAAAAGUAAUUAUUUAAAAAGAGCAAAUGUUCUUCAGACAUUAAUAAUUGUUGUAUUUGACAUUAAUCGUCACUAUCUUGGUUACAAUUUAUUAUUAAAAUAUUUAAAACAUUGUAACAAUAAUAAAAUGUAUAGAAAUGUUGUUAGGAGUGCUAAAAGAAUUAUUCAUACGCUUAAAAUUAUGUCAGUAAAUGAUAUUUUAAUUGAAAUUUACCUUGAAGAAAGUAUUGCAUAUUAUUGCUUAAAAAAUUAUAUGAAAGCUAAAGCUGCUUUAAUGAAUGCUAAAACUUUAUCAAACGCUAGUAACUUAGAACCUGUUAUACAGUCAAAAUUAGAUAUGCAUAGUGGAGCUAUAUUUCUUAUUGAAAAAGAGUAUCAUACAGCAUUUUCAUAUUUUUAUGAAGCUCUAGAAAGUUAUGAUGGUAACAAUAAAAAAAAAGAAGCAAUACAAGCUAUUCAAUAUUUAUGUUUGACAAAAUUAAUGAUAAAUAAACCUGAUGAGGUAAAAAAUUUUAUAUCAUCUAAAUUUGGAAUUAAAUAUUAUGGGGAGGAGCUUUAUUGUAUGGAACAAAUGGCAAACGCAGUAGCAAAAAAAUGUGUUAAAUUAUUUGAUACAGCUGCUAAAAAUUAUCCCUCCUUUCAAGAUGAUGUUGUUAUGAAAAGUUCAUUAAAACAUUUAUACAAUUUUAUGUUCGAUCAAGAUAUUUUAAGAAUUAUUAAACCAUACUCAUUUGUAGAGAUUGACUUCAUUGCCACAAAAAUUGGUUUGGCUUCAAAUAAAAUUGAGCAAAGAUUAUGUACAAUGAUAAUUGAUGGACAAAUUGAGGGUAAAAUAAAUCAUGACAACCGUUCUUUAGAAAUAAUUCCUACAACAAAAUAUGAAAAAGAUACAGAAAUACUAGAUUUAUCUCAUACACUUAUAAAAAAAGUUGAUUUAAUAACUACUAUUUCUCAGGUACAUAUAUCUUCAAUGGAUAGAUUUAAAAUUAAAAAAAAGACAUUACCAAAAGUAAUAAAGAAAAAAAUAAGAUAA